AUGUCUGAAUUUGAAGAUGUUUUCGUUGUGGCAGAUUCGGAAUUGAGUCAGACCAAGCUGGUAGUCUACGACAUCGACACCGGCAGAGCAAAAGCCCAUAAAACAAGACGAGGCCAAAGAAAGACGGAUCUCCCAGAACCUGAAUUGACUAAAGAGAACAAAACAAGAUCACUCGACAUGAUUCAUACCCACUUCCAAAGAUUGACACAGUACUACAGUGUAAGCGGGAAGAAGGUACUGGCGAAUCCGCUCUCGGAAGAAGCAAAUAGGAAAAGUGCUUCAACGACAAGUGAGGGGCUAUAUCAGUUUACCGUGUGGCCAUUUGGGCUAUUGACCAAUUCAACAGUCUUCCAGCGAGUGAUGGAUAUGGUUUUGAAAGGGUUAACCCUGGAGGAAGACGUAACGGUUUUGGGAGCGCUCAGUAAGGUGAAUCUGGUGAAAAGUAAAGAGGUUUGUCGAAUACCGCCACCUAAAAGCGUGGCAAAAAUUCAUGCGGGAUUUUCCAAACUAACUAAAUGUCGACACAGCUUGACGCGUCCCAAAAACGCAUGGAAGUGGACGAACGAAGAGUUAGCCAGCUUAAUCUUUGAACAGAGCAUUGACUGCCGCUCCAGUGCUGGCGCAACAAAGUAUGAAUGCAGCGGAAAUGGAACAAGGAGACCAUUCGGUAUACACAUGCGUCCAAAGAUGGUGUAG